ACAAUGACAACCCAUCAAACAAUGACAACCCAUUACCAAUUUCACAUACACAGGUAGAAAAGCAUAACUUAUAGCUAUUGUACCGAUGAAUUAGUUUCUGUAAAGUGGCGCUGUUGUCAACGUCGGCGCGAUAGCUCUGAGGCUAUCUUACCGAUAGUCGGUGUAAUAGACACUGCCUUAAAUUUAUGUUUAUAUUUAUAUGCUGUCAAAUCAAAACUAUCUUUUCAAGUUAAUUCUUGUUUAACUUUCACUUCGGUGCAGUUGUAAAUGUGAAUUAAUUAUUUUUAAUAUUUUUCGCGUGUUUUAUUUAAUUACUAAACGCUUUAAAUUGAUGAAUGAUCAAUUUCUUGUUUUUAAAAAACAUGAUAACGAAAUCUUUCUUGAAACAAAAACUUUCUGCUAUUCUCAUUUGAACUGCGGUAAUCGUAUGAAACUUGUGUAUAAUUUAUAAUGAUCUAUGAAGUUAAGAUCAUUCUCUGGAUGCUGGUUACCCUUUUCAAUUUUGAUAAAUCUAUUUCUCAUUACCAAUUGAAAUAUUAUGAGAUAAUAAAGGCUUCUGAUAUUGGCCAUAGCAUUGCUAAACGGGGUGUUCAUCCAAGUUCGCACCAUUUCAAUGUUGUUAAGGAAGUCUCUUUUAAGGCCCUUGGAAGACAUUUCCGACUCAUUCUGAAUCCUACAAAAGGACUUCUGUCUUCUAAAUUCAAAGCCUAUACUGUCAGUAAAAAUGGAAAUAAGCAAGCUGUAUGGGUUGACAAAGACAGCUUUUUUGAAGGAAGGGUAUUUGGAGAAAAAGGUACCCAUGCCAGUGUUCAUAUUGACAAUGGCAUUUUGACUGCUGCCAUUAAAACUCCCGAGGAUACUUAUGUUGUUGAGCCUUCAUGGAGACAUUUAUCAUAUGAAGACAAUUCUAGUAUGAUUGUUUAUAGAGGAUCUGAUGUAAAGUAUAGUUGGGAAAAUUUAGAAACAGACAUUAAACAGAAAAAGUUUUGUACUUAUGUUAAAGAAGAAGGUAACACUUCUGAUAAUUAUGAUAUUGUAAUUGAAAAAUCUAUAAGCAAAAGACAAGCUAUUGAUCCUUACAACUGGGAACCUGUUCAAACGCGAUGUUCGCUUCUUCUGGUAGCAGAUUUUCGCUUUUAUGAAAAUAUGGGUGGAAGCAAUUUGAAAGGCACUAUUAAUUUUCUCAUAUCAUUGAUCGAUCGUGUAAAUAAGAUAUUUCUGGAAACAGAAUGGAAGGAUAGUGAGAAACAAGCUGGUUUUAGUGGCAUGGGCUUUGUUAUACAAGAAGUAAUGGUGCAUACUCAACCAACGCCUGUUACUCGUGGAGAAACACAUUAUAAUAUGGCUGGAGCAUCAUGGAAUGUUCGUGAUUUGCUAGAAGUUUUCUCACGUAAUUUAAAUCAUAGAUCAUUUUGCCUUGCUCAUUUGUUCACUGACCAAAAAUUUGAUGGAGGAAUUCUUGGUUUAGCAUAUGUGGGAUCUCCUCGUCGGAACUCAGUUGGUGGAAUAUGUAGCCCAGGCUAUGUCAAAAAUGGAUACACACUUUAUUUAAAUUCUGGCUUAAGUACAUCAAGAAAUCAUUAUGGUCAAAGAGUAAUAACAAGAGAAGCAGAUUUAGUCACUGCUCAUGAGUUUGGUCAUAAUUGGGGAAGUGAACAUGAUCCUGAUUUAGCAGAAUGUUCACCAGAUGGACGUCAUGGUGGCUCAUUUUUGAUGUAUACUUAUUCUGUUAGUGGUUAUGAUCCAAAUAACAAGAAAUUUUCGCCAUGUAGUAUUAGGUCUGUUCGUGCUGUCUUACUAGCAAAAGCAAGCAAAUGUUUUUCAAAACCCGAAGAAUCCUUUUGUGGUAAUUCUCUUGUUGAAGAAGGUGAAGAAUGUGAUGCUGGUUUUAUUGGUAGUGAAGAUAAUGAUCCAUGUUGUGACAGUGCUUGCAAACUUAAACCCCGUGCUAUUUGCAGUGAUAAAAAUGCACCAUGUUGUCGAGGCUGCCAAUUAGUUCAUAGAGGUAUAAUAUGUCGGGAGUCUCAACCAAGUGCUUGCAAGAAAGAAGCAUUUUGCUCUGGUGAGUCACAGGAUUGUCCUUCAUCGUCACCUCAACCUGAUGGGUCUCCAUGUAUUGACAGAGGUAAAUGUCGUGGUGGAGAAUGUGUGCCAUUCUGUGAAACACUUAAUCUACAUUCCUGUUUAUGUGAUAGAGAGGAAGAUGCUUGUAAAAGGUGCUGCCGGCCAACACAAAAUUCAACCUGUAAACCCAUUGAACCAACUGAAAUACUUAGAGAUGGCACUCCUUGUAUUCAUGGAUAUUGUGAAAUGGGAGAAUGCAAGAAAACUGUUCAAGAUAUCGUUGAAAGAUUUUGGGACAUUAUUGAAGAUAUUAAUAUUAAUACUGUCAUGAAAUUUUUGAAUGACAACAUUGUGGGAACAGUCGUUAUUGUUUCUCUAGUGGUUUGGAUUCCUGCUAGUUGCUUGAUCAGCUACGUUGAUCGUAAAAAGAGAGAAGAAUAUGAAAGAGUAAUUAGUGGAAAAACAAAAAGAGAGAUUUCCAAACCUUUCAGCCUUCCAAAAGAUAAAGGCACUCGUGUUAUACAUAUCAAACGACAAAAUCGUUUUCGACCAGAUACUACAGCCACUCGUAACACUCCAACUUCUAAAGAAUGUUAUCGCUAUUAUGGUGACCAUAAUGAUCGCCUCUUCCCAAGAGCCACAUACAGACCAGAGCCUUCCCCUCAACAUCACUAUGCCCAUUCAGAUUCAGAAUAUUAUGCUCCCCGUCACAGGCACUUCCCGCCACUUAGAAGCACUCAUGGGGCAGAAGACUUGCAUACUUAUAGACCUAAACCCCCAAGUGUUGUCACAGAAGCUUUUACGGCUUUGUGACACAUGAGACAGUGUGUAGAUAGGGCUGCUGCAAGAAUCGCUCAAGUUCAAGCCAAAAACUAAAAGCUGUUUUAAAUAUCAGCAGUUUAUAAGGCAGGUUGUAGGUUGAGCAGAAUAAGAUACAAAAGUUGCAGCAGUAUCCGUCUACACACACUCUCUAGUCUGUGAUAUUUAUUGUUUGGUUGCUCUGCUGAUUAUUCAUUGUUUUGAACUUCAGAUAUUGUUAUCUGAAGUAAAUUUAGACUAUAAAAAGAGCUUUUUACUUAAUUUUUCACCAUGAGUCAAUGCAAAGCCAAAUAUAAAUAUCUAUUACUUUUCACUAUAGAUGUGAUUUUGCUUAAAUACCUACUAAGUUUGAUGGCAGGUUUGUACAAGUCAUUUUAUCUUAGAAUAUUUUUAAAUUCAUGACGUCUGUAGAAUAUUUUUAAAUUCAUGACGUCUGGUUUGAUAUCAUUUUGUUUGUUCUUAUCCAUGAAUUUAUUUUAUUGGUGCUUUUGAAGUAUAUUCUUUUUUUAAAUAUAAAUACCAAAUAUUUAACUCAUAAAACUAUUGCUGUGCAUCUGUUAAAUAUGAAAGUAAUUUUUUUGCUUUUCUGCUAUCAUAGUUUUAAGUAUACUUUUAAUUACAAGUCAUUUUAUCUUAGAAUAUUUUUAAAUUCAUGACGUCUGGUUGGAUAUCACUUUGUUCCUAUCCAUGAAUUUAUUUUAUUGGUGCUUAUAAAGUGUAUUCUUUUUUUAAAUAUAAAUACCAAAUAUAUAACCCACAGAACUAUCACUGUAUAUUUGUUAAAUAACAAGUCAUUUUUUUGCUUUUCUGCUAUCAUACCUGUAGUUUUAAGUAUACUUUUUAUCACAAGUAACAUUGACAAUUUACAAGGGGUAUUAUAAACUGAAGCUUAAGUUUUUAUGCUUGCUCUCUAAUCAUCAUUUUAAAAUGCAGUUUUAUUAUCAGACAGUAGUAGAGGAAUAUAGUAUCAGAUCCAUUACCUGAAUUCUAUAAAUUGGAAUGCCAGAUAAUUAGUUUGAUAAUUUUUUAAAUUUUGAUAAAUCUAGUUUGAAAAUUAGUUACUAUAAAGUUAUCAUGUACAAUAGACCUCAAAUUUAUAUCAGGCUUUUAGUAAAGAAUCAUACCUAAUUUAUUUUAAUUGGGUUGGGCUGUUUCCAAAGACUUUUAAUAUACUUAAAGAAAUAUUUAUAAAUAAUUCAUAUAAAUUUUAUUAAUUGUUCAACAGUUAAUAUAAGACAUUAAAAUACUCAAAAUGUUUAAGGGGUAGAAAAAAAUUAUUUCUGAUUAAUUGCUCUAUGUGAGGAAUCACUGCCAUUAUUUUUAUAUAUGUAAACAAACUCCUGUAAUAGGAAAAUGGUACAUGUUAUUGAAUGUUCAAAAGCAUAAAAAUUUAGUUCUUAUAUAUAUGUAUAUUAGUUUUUUUUGGUUGAAUGUGAUUUUAAAUUAGUAUUUCACACCUUUAAUUUCUUUAAAUAUUACUAUCACUUCCUUUUAGCAGUGCAAUUGAAAGAAAAAUUAUAGAUCAAAUAUUUACAAUGGGGAUUACUUAAGAUUAUCAGCAAAGCCACUUAAAUCUGUUUCAGACUUACAGAUGGAAAAAAAAAUGAUAAAUUAAUUUACCGAUGUUUUGUCUUGAAGACUGUAAAUGCAACAUGCAAUUUGAUAAUUGAUCUUGAACUGUAUUCCUUUUCAUCUCUUAGUCAAUUCAAAAGUACAAAUUCUGCAAUAUUUUCAUUAGUCUGAUAAUAUACUGUGAAUAAUAGACUAAAGUCGCUGCGCAUGUGUAAAAUAUUUUAAAUUAUAACUUUUUUUUGCUGACAUGUUAAGUUGAACUAACACUAUAUUUCAUUUAUGUGAAACAUUUUUCAUUUAUAUUGUGUCCUUUUUUUCUAAUUGCUCAAAAGUUAUCAAAUUUGCAGCUAUUAGAUCAAAUUAUUGUUGUGUUUUUUUUUAUUCUUGUGUUAAAUUUUAUUUUUGACUUCUUGUCAUUUUCAAUUCUAUUAAAAUUUUAAAACAAUUUAUUGAACCAAAUUUUUCUAGACGCAUGUAAUUUUAUUGCUCAUUAUGUGUUUUCAUCUAAAAAUCACUAUAAGUUGUGAUUUGAUAAUACUUUGAACGAGGACCUGCUUUAACCCCUUAACUGCCGAGUAAAAUUAACGUGAUUCACUCCCCAGUGCCACCGUUUUACGCUCAAGUGCACUUUCUUACACGGUGUUUUGAGUGGGAAAAAUGAUGCACGCUUUGCAAUUUAAAAACAGUUUAAUUUUAGAAGAAAAAGGAAGGAAAGAAAAUACAAAUUUUAAAUUAAAUAAUAAAAAUACAAUAUAAAAGAUGUUAAAACUUAGCUGUUGUAUGAUAAAUCCUGAAACAUGGUUGGAUACAUAAAUCAACAUCACAUUCAUCGCACUGAUAGCGGGAUUCACGAAGAAUUUUUUUUCAUGAAGAAACAGCACAUUUUCGCGAUGCAUUUCUCUUUGAAGACGUUGAUGGAAGGAAUAAAAAGCACCAAAUACAUACGGGAAACAAAAGCGAAAAAAGAAUAAACCGUACCUUACUGAAAUAAAUACACGCAAGCGAUUAAUAUGAUAUCACUUUUCCAUAACAUCCUUUUCCCAUUCCCCCUCCUCCGAAAUUUGUAAUACAUUCGCAAAGCAAACACUUUCAAGGCCAUUUUACUGCAUUCGGAAGUAGGGGGUGUAGUUCUAUUUAUAGCAGCGCAAUGCAAAGCAUCGUACUUCGAGAAAGCGUAUAUAUACACCUGCGGCAGUUAACGCAUCGUCUGGCUGAGACGUAUAUAUACGCCCGCGGCAGUUAAGGGGUUAAUUUGAUUUAGCAUUAAUAUGAAAUUUUUGACAUGAAAAUUUCCAUACCUUUGUCAGUUCUUAUAAUACAGUAAGCCUAAUUAAUAUAAAAUUAAUAAGAUUUUAGUUUUAUUCAGAGUAACUUACUAUUUUUCAUUAGUUGAAUUAAAAAUUAUUAAAAUAUGCCAUGGAACUUUAUUACUAUGUCAAACAUUUUACAUCUAUACUUUUAUCUAGAAAAAAAAAGUAAUACACAGUUUAGUAGAAAAUAAAUGUUUUAUAAUUAAAUAGCUAUUUAGUUUAAUAUCAUUUGAAGCACUUAGUAUAUAAGUAUUUAAAAUUAUAAAAAUGUUACUUUAUAUUAUGAUUCUUGGUUUUUUUAUUAUCUCAACAAAUUUGAGCUCUUGCUGGUCUAGAAUAUCUAAUUUAAAACUAUCUGUGAAUUUCUUUUAAAAAUUUAGGAUAUUUUUUGCUUUAAAAUUUCACAUGAAUAAUAUUAAAUUUCUUUUAAAUUAAUAUUGUUCAAAACAAAGUCUGAACAUGCAAAAAUAUUCUGUAUAAACUAAGGUAAGUGUUGAAUCGGUAAAAUAAAGUCAAAGUUCUCUAAAAUUUGUAAUUUAUUUGUGCCAAUAUAAAGUUAUUUUGUAAAUAUGCGCUGACAAUUUUUUUAUGAGAUAAAUUAAAAUUUCUUGUAAUUUUGUUAUGUUUCUUAAAAAUUAAGAAUACCUUGUUUAUUCUAGAGAAUACUAUUAAGUUUUUGUUUUUUGAAUUGUAUUUAUAUAGAGUUUAAAUUUAUCCUCAGCAUGUAACUGAUGGCAAUUCAAUUAUAUAUAAUAACUUAGUGCAUAGCACCAAUAAAGUUAUAUAAGAAAUAGGAUAUUCCAUAUACUCUGUUCAAAUUUUUCAAAAUUGGAAUACAACUGCUAGUAUUUCUUGGUACUUGCUAAAGUUUUGAUGUAUAUCAUGAUACAUUUAAGGAAACAAAACAAUCAUGAGAGGCCUAUUUUAUGAAAAAAAACUUAAGUUCUGAAGACAAAGGCUCCAACAUCAUUAAUUUUUUUAAUUAUUUCUGUGCUAGUCAAUAGCAGUUAAUCCAAAGCUACAGCACACAAAACAAUGUUCAUAAAAAUAGCUGCAAAGAUUUAUUGAAAUAAUUCUCAUAGUUAGCAGUUUUAUUUCAGCUGAUGGAAAUUUAAUUUUAAAUGUUAUCAAAGUAUGGCUGUUAUUAAAUAGUAUUUUUUGUUGGCCUUUUUGAUCUACUGAAAUUUUAUUAAAAUAACUUUCGUGCUAUGAGUUUGUAUUUAUGAACAAAAUUCAUUAUUUAUUAAAAUUUUAAUAGUUAAAAUAUUUUAUUUUUGUUUAUAGCAAGCUAUCUAUUGCAUCUAUUGUUCUUCUACACUUAAGUUUCCAUGAAACUUUUACAUUUGUGCCAUAAAUUUUUGAACCACACUGUAUAUCCCCUUAAAUUAGAUCUUACUAUAACUAUUGCUGGCAGAUAGAGGAGAAAACUUCUUAAACGUUUGCAAAAUCCACUAAUUUUGAUAGGAUAGGAUUAUCCUUUCAAUUUUUAAAAUUAGAUUUAGAUACCUAAUUAGUAAAAUAUUAAUGAUAAUCUAACGAUUUGUGGAUUUUACAGAAGCAUGAAAUACCAGGAACAGUUUUUCCCUUCAUCUUUAUAGAAAGGUUUUUUUUUAUUAUGGUCUAUUUGGUUAAAUGCUUGCAAUUGCAUUAUGUCACUCACUCAUAUUUCAGAUAUUUUAUUUUAUUUUUAGAAAUAUUGUAUACAUUUUUAACAUACUAGUAACUGAAAUUUUGAAUUUCCUAAAAUUAUUAAAAUAAUGAGGAAAAAAACAGUUAAUUUGGAAACAAUACAUUUUAAUGUAUUAGUAUGAUUUUAAAAAGCAAGAUUCAUACAAUAAUAUUUAUUGUAUCCUCACAAUUAACUUAGACCUCAAAGGUAAAAUUUAUAUAUAUUAAUGUAUAUAUUAUUGCUGUAAUGUUUCAAACAUUUUAUAAAUAUGCUCAAUCCAUAAAAAAAAAUCGAAGUCUGGUUGUGUGCUUAAAUCAUUAGUACUGUAAAUAAUUAUUUUAAAUCGUAUAAAUGUUACCAUAUUUUUUCUAUUUUGAUGUGACUAAAAAUUGAGAUAUUUGUAUUGUAAAUAUAGCUUUAAUUUAAGAAAAGGUUUUCUUCCUUUAUUAUGUAAAAUUGACUCAUGUUAAAAACUGUUAUACUGUGGUGUAAAAUUAAGUUUUAUUCUUAUAAAUUAAUUUAAAUGUUAUCUGAAGCUUUAUCAUGUAAUGAGAAAAUUAUGCACUUAUUCAUGUUCAUUCAAUACACAUUUUUAAUAGAUAUAUGUUCGUAAAUUGUGAGCAUUUGGUGUACUUUUGAAAUUUAAAAUGUAUUGAUUGUCCCAUGAUUUGAUGACUAUAUGCUGUUUGAUGUAAUUAGAAUAUCUAUGUUUCAUGCGUGUAUUCAAAAAUUUUAAUGGUUGCUGAGUUGCAUUUCAAAAAUUAAAGAAAAGCAAUAUUUGUGUUUAAAUUAGUUUAAAGUUUACUAUGCUGUGUGUUAUAAAUACCUAUAUAUUUUCUGUGAAUAAUUGUUGAUUACUUGUUGUAAAUUUGAGAUCAAAUUCAUCUUUUUAUUAAACAAAAAUAUUUGUAUGAUUUACUCAAAUAUUGUGUAAGAGUAAGAUCAAAUAUUAAUAAAAAACACAAAGUUUGUUUAAA